AUGAAGGACGGCCAGCACGCGGAGAGCGGGACCCGAAGCUUCGCGGACGCGGAGUGGCAGAGCGAGUGCUACCGCAGCGCGGCGAUGGCGCACGUCCCCGUGGACGACGACGACGACGACGAGGACGACGAGGCGCGCGAGCUGCACGCGGAGCUGGCGGAGGCGGAGGAGCGGCGGCUGGUGGAGCGGAAGCUCACGCUCGUGGUGGGCAUCUGCUUCGUCUUCAUGCUCGUCGAGGUCGUUGGCGGCCUACUGGCCAGCAGCCUCGCGAUAAUGACGGACGCGGCGCACCUACUAACGGACGUGGCGGGGCUGGUGAUAUCGCUGCUCGCGGUGCGCAUGGCGGGGUGGCGCCCCGACCCGCGCUUCACGUACGGCUACGUGCGCGCGGAGGUGGUGGGCGCUCUGGCGUCCGUGGCGCUCAUCUGGGUCGUCACGGCGCUCAUCCUCUACGAAGCCAUCUCCCGGCUGUUCUAUCACCACCCUCCCGUGGACGGCGGGCUGAUGUUCGUGAUAGCGGCGUUCGGCACAGUGGCGAACAUCGUGAUGGCCGUGUGCCUGCACACACCCGCCGUCAUUGGCACCGACGGCGCGUCCUCGUCCAUCCCACACUUCCACAUGCACCUCGGCACCUCUUGCUCUCAUGACCACGGGCACUCGCACAGUCACGACCACGAGCACAGUCACAACAGCCACUGUGACGACGACUCUCACUGGCACGACCACUCGCAUUCGCUCAAUCACUCGCACUCGAAGCAGCCUGCCACGGAGCACGCACACUCCCACGGGCAUGGGCAUGCACGCGAGCAUCUGGGAUGCACGCAUGGCCAUUCGCACACUCACACUGAUGCUGCUGAUCCCCGUGCCAAACGCCAUGCACAUGACCAUGUACAUGACCAUGCACAUGACCAUGCACAUGCACAUGACCAUGUACAUAACCAUGCACAUGACCAUGCACAUGACCAUGCACAUGACCAUGCACAUGACCAUGCACAUGACCAUGCACAUGAGCACACCCACCACCACCACCACCACCAUGACCAUCGCCAGCAACAACAACAAUCGGAUGGGUGUCACACAGACCACGUGGCAGUGGAACUCCCACUCCUCGCGUCUUAUCCUGCUCACGCUGCCGCACCGGCUCACACUCAUGCUGAUGAUGCUGGUUCAGGCGACGCACUGGCUUUAUCUCCCACUACCCCCAUUGAACUGUCAACAAUCUCCUCCUCCUCCUCCUCGCUCGCUGUGUGCGACGAGUCCUCCCUGCCUCUCAUUCUCAACCAGGACUGCUCACACUCGCAGGCCCACUCCAAAUCGCAUGCCCACUCACAACCACACGUGCAUGCCCACUCGCAUGCCCCGGCCCCGCACGGCACCCGCAAGGAGAGCAGCCGACAAGGCGAGCAGCGAAAGCCAGAGCACAGCUGCAGCCACGGCAAGAAACCACCAACCCACUCCAAAGCCUCUCUUCCCGAGCCAGCAGCAGGCGCGGUUGAGGCAGCAGCAACAGCAGCUGUGGCAGCAGUGGCGGGCGUGGCGACAGCCGUGGCGUCCAUAGUGUGGCGCAGCCAGGCAGCAGCAGUGCCGGCAGGGGCGGGGGGCGUGGUGCCGUCGGGGCAUGGCAGGGAGCGGGACGUGAGCAUGCGGGUGGACUUGAACGUGAAUGUGAACAUGAGGGGCGCGCUGCUGCACGUGCUGGGCGACCUGCUGCAGUCCAUUGGUGUGCUCAUUGCCGGCGCUGUCAUCUGGGCCUACCCUUCCAUGCAGUGGGUGGACCUGCUGUGCACGUUCCUGUUCUCGUUCCUCGUGCUGGCCACCACCACGGGCAUCACGGGCGACAUUGUCUCCGUGCUGCUGCAGACUGCUCCUCGCAACGUGGACACUGAAGAGGUGCGCCACACCCUCUCGGAGCUGCCAGGAGUGGCAUCGGUGCACAGCCUGCAUGUGUGGCAGCUGUCGCUCAACAAGUCCGUGCUCUCCUGCCGCAUCCUCGCCCUCCCGACUGCCGCGCCUGAAGAAAUUGCAGCAGCGGCCCGGCGCCUGUGCAAGAAGCAGUGGGGAAUACGGCAUGCGACGAUCGAGGUGCAACGGCAGGGGCAUGGCAUGCCGGCCCCAAGCUCGCGUCGUAUCCACCCGUCAGCGCUUCCCGUCGUGUCUUUAGAGGCAUUAAUCUUGCGACUGCCACGUUUCGCGCGCGGCUCGUCGCGAGAGCGCGCCGUGCGACGAACGAUGAGUUCGGAGACCACCGCCGGGCCAAUCAGCAGCACAGCGCUCGCGUGCUUGUUCGACGCGCACGCGCUUCGAUGGCGGCUCGUGAAGCUCGGCGGACACGGAGGGUCAGCCAGCAGCGCCGACAGCCAGCCGUGCGGCAUCCCGCGCAGCGCGUGCCGUGAUGAGCGCUUGGAAGAGCCGUGCUGCCCGUCGCGGCCGAAAUUGUGGACCACGGACUGCCCGCCGUGCCUUGACCUGGACGACCCGCCGCGCCGUGCGACGGGCGAAUCGCCGCGCAUUGCGACGGAAGAUCCGCCGCACGAGGGGACCUGCGCGAGAGGUCCUGACUCUCACCCCCCCUCCGACUUGCCACCCCCGUCCUCUCCACCACCGCCUGCACUCGCACGCGUAGCCGACGCAGAUGUGGGAGCAGCGGCAUCGGCAGCGGCAGCAGCAGAGAGGCGGCACGCAGCGCCGUUUCUAAGCGACGACCUGAUGGGCAUGGAGCAGCUGAGGCGCGUCAUGCGGGGCGGUUACUACCUCUGCAGCUUUGGCUGCCGCGGCGACCCCGACCCCGUGUCGUCGCUCUCCACGGACCAGCGCCUGGAGAUCCGCUCCCUCCCGCUCCCCGAUGCCUUGCGCGCGCGUCUCCAGCAGCUGCUGUCGCGACACCCGCAGCACGUGAGCGCGCUGCACAUGCCCGUGACUCUCGACUACUGCUCAGGCGGGGCGUGGCAGAUUACGGAAUUGAUGCGCUUGGCACGCUCGUGCGUGAACCUGCGGUCGCUGCACCUUGUGUCUGAGCCGCCCAGAGACGCCUCGUGCCCGAUCCACGAGGAACUGGAAAAGCCAAAGGAUUGGGGAUGGAAGAAGCACACUCAGGCGGAGCAGAUGAGGGAGCUUAUAACGAGUUGUCCGCAUCUACGCUCACUGCACUUUAUCCUCGGUAGCAACAGCUACCUCACAAUGAGUGAAGAAGUGGCUGCCUUGCUCUCCCGUCUCGCCCACCUCUCCCUGCCUCUCUCCGACCUCCCGCCUUACCUCCUUCCCCACCUCUCCUCCCUCCGCUCCCUCCGCCUCUCCCUCUCUGCUCCCCACCAUCCGCUCCUCCUCUCCGCUCGCCCCUUCCACUCUCUCUCCCGCCUCUCCCUCCUCCACCUCUCCCUUGGAUCCCCCACCACCGGCCUUUCCGAGCCUCUCUCGCCGGACCUGUUUGCUGGGCUCGGACCGAGCCUGCAGUCCUUGACGUUCCUAGUGAUAAACCACCACGAGACGAGAGCAGCAGCAGGUGUCAACGGCUCUCCUCUCUUCUCCUCCGCGUGGCUCCCCUCUGACUCUCCCUUCUGGGUCAUCCACUCCUCCCCCACCUCCCCCUUCUCCCUGCUCUCCUCAUCCCGCCCUCCCUUCACCCUUCCCCCUCCCAUCACCCCCUCCUCCCUCUCCUCCUGCUUCACCCACCAUCUAACCACCUGGCGCCCCCUCUCUCCCAUCUGGUUCGCCUCGCUCCCCUCCCCCUCCUCCCUCGCGCACACCCUCGCCCGCUACCCCAACCUCUCUACGCUCGCCCUGCCCCUCGUCUCCACCACGGCCUGCCCCCUCCGCCCCUCCCAUCUUCGCUCUCUGCUCGCCGCUGCUGCCGCUCUCCCUGCUCUCACCUCCCUCUCCUUGCUCCUGGAGCCCGGCUUCUCACCCAACCACCAGUGGGGGUAUGGACGGGAGGACUGGUGGGCGGAUGCGGGGAUGGAGAGGAAGGUGCGGCGAUGGUGGGGAGAGGCGAGCCAGGAGAUGGAGAGGGGGCUGUUUGCCGUGCUGAAGAGAUGCCGGGGACUCAAGCAGCUCUGCAUUCAAGGGGACACCCUCACAGACCGGCUCAAACUCCCCGACUCGCUCUUCCUGCGCUGCCCCCAACUCACCGCCCUCUCCCUCCCUCUCUCCCGCCUCCCCUCCUCCCUCCUCCUCCUCUCGCGCCUCACCUCCCUCGCCCUCGCCCUCCCAGAAGACCCCAUGCCUCCGCAGCUCUCCCUCCCCUCCCCCUUCGCCCUCCUCCACUCCCUCCGCUCGCUCGCCCUGCACGUGCCAAGCACCCUCAAACGCCACUACCCCCCUGGGGAUGGCACCAGCUGGAGCGGCGUGUCUGAGGGUCUGCUGCUGGGGCUGCCCUCGUGCCUCUCCGCCCUCUCCCUGCACCUCCCCAUCUCCACCAUUCCCUCCUCCUUCUCCUGCCUCUCCUCCCUCACUCGCCUCGACUCCAACCUCUGGAUUCCGGGACUGGACGAGGAGGAGGAAGGAGUGGGAGAGCAGGAGGUAGUUGGGGAGGAGAGGGAGGAGGUAGGGGAGCUUGUUGUAGAAGAAGAAAGCAACGAGGAGGAUUGGGAUAGCAAUGCAGGUGUUGCCUCAGGAUUUCCUUAUGAGAGACUGCUGCCUCUCUGCAACCUCACGUCCCUCUCUCUCUCCCACUACCUAUUCUUCCCCCCUCUCAUCCGCCACCUCACCCGCCUCACCUCGCUCUCCCUCCCAUCCCUCCACCGUGCACAAGGCUCCGGAGUCAACAACACCGCGCCCUGCUCUCUCCGCCACGGCCUCUCUCGUCUCACUCGCCUGGAGGACCUCUUUUUCGGUUGUGACAACCGCUGCGAGAGCUCCGACUCUGCCUGCCUGCCUCGCCUGCCCCGUCUGCGUCGCCUGCGCGUGCAAUGCCCCGAUGAAACCGUGCACGUGGCUCGGCUCAUCGCAGCUGUGGCACCAUCCCUCGAGCAGCUGGACGUUCGAGCUGACUACCGCAAUUAUACCUCCGCAGAUCUUUGCAGCACGGUUAGGUGGCGCAGAAACGGCGAUGAGUGGAGGGCGCCUGUGUGUGAGCAGCUGAAGGUGCUGCAGCUGGUGACGUCAGGCCCUGCUUCCAAUGUGGACAUGGCGCUCUUCCCUGCCCUGGAGCACAUGGCACUCGCUGGCAGCCGAUAUGUGCUCUGGCAAGUGGAGAGUGGCUUCUCUGCCAACCUGCGCUUCCUGCACUUGGACCGUGCAAAGCUGUCGGGGUAUGGCAGUGACAGUCAGCUGACGCAGCUAACGGCGCUGACCACUCUGGUGGUGGACAACGCUGACUGCCGGGACUUCCUUGCAUGCCUCUCCUGCUUCUCCUCCCUGCACACCCUCCGCCUCUCCAACAUCACCAGAGGCUGCUCCCAGCCCUAUCUCACGUGCCCGCCUCGCCUUGCCACGCUGCAAAUCUGUCGCUGCGACCUGCCGCACCUGCCAUACUCUUUGGUGAAAUUCUCCCGCCUCACUCGUCUCGACCUCCUCCACUGGCGCCGCUUGCACUCUCUCCCGCCUUUCCUCUCCGCUUUCACAUCGCUCCGCCAUUUCAGAGUUACCGCCGAUGGCCCCAUACCCCACGUGCCGGCGUGCCUGAAGGAAUUUCUCCAAGGCAGGGAAUGGUACGAGCAUUCACCUUGUGAUGGGAGCUUUGAGGAUUGA